AUGACUACUGUAGAGAAAAUCAAAGCCAUCGAAGAUGAAAUGGCAAAGACCCAAAAAAAUAAAGCUACGUCUUUUCAUUUGGGUCAACUUAAGGCAAAAUUAGCCAAAUUAAGACGAGAAUUAUUGACUGAUAGUUCUUCAGGAGGUGGAGGUGGUGGUAUUGGGUUCGAUGUGGCAAGAACAGGGGUGGCAACUAUUGGGUUUGUGGGUUUUCCGUCGGUUGGUAAAUCUACAUUGUUAUCUAAGUUAACUGGUACUCAUUCAGAAGCAGCUGCAUAUGAAUUCACAACCUUAACCACAGUUCCUGGUACUAUUAAGUAUAAAGGGGCCAAGAUUCAAAUGUUGGAUUUACCUGGUAUCAUUGAAGGUGCUAAAGAUGGUAAGGGUAGAGGUAAGCAAGUUAUCGCGGUCGCCAGAUCUGUGAAUUUAUUGUUUUUGGUUUUAGAUGUCAAUAAGCCAUUACAACAUAAAAGAAUCAUCGAACAAGAACUAGAAGGUAUGGGGAUAAGAAUUAACAAACAACCACCCAAUAUUGUCAUCACAAAGAAAGAAAGAGGGGGGAUCAAUAUUACAACCACCGCUCCUUUAACACAUUUGGAUAAUGACGAAAUUAGAGCCGUCAUGUCUGAAUAUAGAAUCAAUUCGGCAAAUAUAGCUUUCAGAUGUGAUGCCACCGUUGAUGACUUGAUCGAUGCUAUAGAAGCAAAAGCAAGAAGAUAUAUUCCUGCCGUUUAUGUAUUAAACAAGAUUGAUUCAUUCUCCAUCGAAGAAUUGAAUCUUUUAACAAAGAUUCCGGAUGCUAUUCCAAUUUCUUCUGGUAAUGGAUGGAACUUGGAUGCUUUGUUGGAAAUGAUGUGGGAUAAACUUAAUUUGGUAAGAGUUUACACAAAACCAAAGGGGAAGUUGCCAGAUUUUAAUGAACCUGUCGUUUUGAGAAGUGACAGAUGUACUGUUGAAGAUUUCUGUAAUUCUAUCCACAAGUCUUUGGUUGAAGACUUUAGAAAUGCAUUAGUAUAUGGGACUUCAGUGAAGCAUCAACCCCAAAUUGUUGGUUUAUCUCAUCUGUUGGAAGAUGAAGAUGUCAUUACGAUUUUAAAACGAUAA